AUGGUGAGGGAGUUAGGGUAUGAUAGGGUGAUUAGUUAUUGGUAUAGUAUCCAUAUCUAUAGCAAUGGUGGCCUAACAAAGCUUAAUGAUGAUCAAGAUGUCAUAGACAUGCUUGUAUUUGUACAAGAGACAAGGCUGAUAGAUAUCUUCCUACAUCAUGGGGUUGAUAGUAAUGAGGGUUGGUUUUGUAGUCAAUCAAGAUCAAAUCUGUUUGUUGAUGUAGAAGCUAAUACUGUGCCUACAAGAGGAGUUGUGAUUGAGGAGCUUGAUGAUAAUUAUGGGCUAUUAUUCCUGUUGGUGGGAAAUGGAAAACAAUAA